CACAUAGUUGCAGUUUAAUAAGGCUGCAGUGAGCGCUGAGUGCAGCUGCAGGCAGGGGAAGCAGUGUUAGCCAUUGUCUGGAGCCACAGAGCUGAAGUUACUCCAGUCGGUCGUGGCUGUCCCACUCAGUCUCGGCAGGAAUCACUUUGGUUGCAGACAUGCCAAGUCUAAAGCUGAUAUCUGCGACCGACACGCAGUAUUCAACAACUGUGCUGAAGUCCAUGAAUGAGCAGCGAAGUCAUGGGUUAUUUUGUGACGUCACCAUUAUCAUCCAAGACAAGAAGUUCAGAGCUCACAAAACAAUCCUGUCGGCCUCCAGUACGUAUUUCCACCAGCUCUUCAGUGUAGCCGGGCAAGUGAUUGAGUUAAACUUCAUCAGAGCGGAAAUCUUUGAGGAGAUUCUCAAUUACAUUUACAGCUCCAAGAUUGUGCGUGUUCGCUCUGACAUGCUUGAGGAGCUCAUAAAUGCUGGACAGAUACUGGGAGUCAAAUUCAUCGCAAACUUGGCGUCGCCUUUGUCACAAGUGAAGGGUCUGCCUGGUUUGUCUAAAGAGGUAGAAAACAAAAGUGACUCAUCUCCAAAAACGAUGCCCAUUAUCACGGAGUCGUUCUCCAUAUCUGCAGAGGAGUUCAAUCAGACGAGCAAACCUUCAGGGAACGAUGAAGACUCGGACAAUGAUGUAAUGUUUGUCUCUAAAACAGAUGCUCAAACCAGAGCGCAGAAUCUGAAAGACACUUCUGAUGAGGUCAUCGAUUUAGAUGAAGGGGACUCAGAAGAAGUUGCAUUAAAGAAAAAGGAAGACUUGAAUGAUGCAGGUAUGAAACAAAAAGAAAAAACCAAACCCGUUUUAAAAACGUACUCUGCAAAGCCUCAGAGUGUCAGUUGUCCAAACCGGAGUUUGCCAAAUAGUAGCCCACUGCGCUGUCCAGACAGCAGCUCUAAUAACUCUUCUUCCCCUGCCAGAGUUUCCUCAGCAAGUGCUCCUGCAACACCAGCCAGGUCGAGCAGCUUCACCCCGGAGCCCUCGAGUGCCUCUCAGUCCUCUGAAAACAGCGACAUAAUGGGAGUCCACAAGAAGCACGUUGCCACUUCAACUCAGCAGGGGGAUUCCAAAAUUAGGCUCAUGGAUGUUUCUGAUGGUUCCGCAAAUCGAAUCAACAUUCCUAAAUCAAGUGUAGCAGCAACGAAAACAGUGACACUCAACACAGCCACAGAGAUUGAUUCCAUUUCGUCAGGCUGUAAAGUGUAUGCUAAUAUUGGAGAAGAUACGUAUGACAUUGUCCCAGUGAAGGAAGAUCCGGAGGAAGGAGGCUCUAAAGCUAAUAAAGGAAAGAGGUCAUCAAUGUCAACGCCUGAUAAACAACUUGAUAAAACAGGGGCAUCACCAAAAACCAGCCCAAGCAGAAAGAAGAACAAAACCGAGCUGGAGGAUCACUACGAGCUCAUCAUGGAUGGGAAGACUUUCUAUGUGUGCAUCGUCUGCAAACGGCCCUACGUGUGUCUGACAAGUCUACGCCGUCACUUCAACGUCCACUCAUGGGAAAAGAAAUAUCCAUGCCGCUACUGCAACAAGGUCUUUGCCUUAGCCGAGUACAGAACUAAACAUGAAAUCCACCACACAGGAGAGAGGCGGUACCAGUGCUUGCUGUGCAAUCAAAUGUUCAUUAACUACCAGUUACUGUCCACUCACUGCAAACAAGUCCACAACCAGGAUCCCAGCGGGAGGAAGGAGAGAGACGACCGGGACAACAACUUGUACAGACUGCUGCCCUGUAAAACGGUGCAGAUGAAGAUGUACUCGUGGACUACCGAAGGGGAGGGGGUUCCUGUCAUAUCUGAGGACGGCAGCGUGCAUCACAUAAGCAGCGACAGCGACAACAUGCAGUCCUCCACACAGACCAGGAUGUUGAACUGGGACGACAUCUUUGUGGAGCCUGAUGCGAAUACCAGACCCGGGUCCACUGUGAGCACUCCUCCACCGGGAGCCACUGAGUUUGACUUUGUUAUACCAGAGACCUACUAAGCUACACCUGUGCUCUGGUGCCUGUGCCUUUUAGGUGCCCCUCCUCCCAUAACUAAUCAUCCUUCUUUGGUUCAACAUCAAUGAUGUUAUUUUUUUUUUAAUGCUCCAUAGUGUCAGCAUCAGGUAGUCUCACUGAUCAGCAAUGUAUUUAGGGCAGUACCUAACUCAGUUUCUCAUCAGUCUUAUUGGAUUUGGCUUUUUAAUGCUAUGCUUCAACUCUUCUUUUCUUCUCCUCAGCCCCACACCACACUUUUGUACUCAAGUUUCACCCGCAUGAUGCAGGUUUAUACAACUCUAAUAAGCAACAUUUGUCAGCCUUACUUUAAAUCUUUUAUAGCCAACUAUUGAAGUAUUGUAUUAUCUCUCAUAUCAACUUUUAUAACUCCUUCUUCUAAUUGAACGGGGGCUUUAAGUGAAGCAGAGAGCUCGGAGCCUCCAAAGCUCCUCUUGAAAAGCAGCAGAGACACUCAUUUUAACUUGAGUCUGCAUGGUCAGUGUUUUUACUAGUUUGAAACAUAGAUUAUGUUUCUUUUGGAGGGAGUGAGACCCCUGUAGGUAUACAACAAACUAGUAAAGUAAGAAUGAACGCCAAAGAGUCCCUACUUAAAAUCAAGCAGAGCACACAUGAAAAGGCUCAGGUGGAGACUUUUUAAAAUUUCUACAGCCUGUCAUGAGUCAGCUCCUGUAAUACUCUUUGUAAAGUGAAUCAGGUAAAGAAAUAAAGAGUCCAGGGAAUCAACUUUAAAAUUUUAAUUGACUCAGGAUCCUCUUAAUUGAUAAAUUGAGUCAGCUGUUUGUAAGAAAUCCUAGAAAUUUGUGGUGUACUGUGCAUCCUAGAAUAAUGCCUGAGCCACACAGUGUGAGCUGAUCAAGUGUGAACUCUCAUCAAACCAAAACAGAAGCUCAAAUAAGUCAGACAUAAGAGCUUCUAAUCCAAGGUAAGAGAGAUAUGGAGCAAAUCAUGACAGUACAGUAUUGAAAUGAGGCUGCACUUUAACACGUGUCACUCUGCUCAUGGGAUAGCCUUGAUCUUUGUUUUAGCAUUAAGAAUAACUGCAUUAGUAAGAAAUAUUUACAUCUUAGAGGUCAUAACAAAAACCCAUGACCAUGUUGGAUGAAAAUAAUAUUCAAGAAUCCAAAGCAGCAGAAGAGUGGCGGUUGACACAAAAUAGAAAAAGGUCAAACUUCUAGAAAAAGAUAAAAAUCACGCACAAGAAAAGCACAAAGCACAAAAACGAUCCGUCUGAAGUGUUGCACUUUCAAAGCGGUGCUUUCUCACCAUCAGGCCAGCUCUCCCCUAAAUCAGUUAAUGAAAAUAAGUGGCCUCAUGAGGUCUGCGUCUCACAAAAUAGAAAUAGGGUCACCUAUUUGAGAUGGUCUUCCGUGUCUGCAGGUGACUUCCUCUCUUUUGUCUGAGUACCCACAAGCAUCAGUGGUGUGAAUGAUCUGCGUUACUUACAGGAUGUGCCCCAAAAUUAAAUUAAAGAAGGUUGCUCUUAUUUUGAAUCCGUCAACAAUAUCUGUUUUUGUAUGUGGUCAUUCCUGUUUACUUUUUAGACUUGCAUUAUUUCUGUACAAAAGAAUUUAAACUAUGAUUUGAAAUAUAUUUCUUCCUCAUGUGAACAUUGUUGAUCCCACUUCUGGGCAUUGUGGUCAGAAAGUUGUAUCAUGAUUAUUUAAUUCUUCAUUGGUUUGAAGAACUCUUGUUUUUUUGUUUUUUUUUCCAGAAACCCAACAUCAGUUUCAUUUGAACACACCUGUACAUUAAUAUUUCUGAUGUCUGCUUCAUUUUAAUCUCAUUCGGAUGCUAACAUCUGCUGGCUACAUGACAUAGGGUAGGGAUCUCGUGUACAAUUGUUAUCAUAGAAUUAAUAUAAGCAGAGGAUCACCGCAGUCGGUACAUAUAGCACUUAGCGUUGGAUCAGACGGAAAACUCUGUUCAAAAUGUUUCUUUCCACUUUGUUUUUCAUUGUUUUCAAACUGUAGUGAUUGAUCAGUAUGAUUGGAAAAUAAUGUGUGCUAAUAUGGAUCCAUUGUCAUUCAAUAAAUUCAUGCAGGUUGUUUUUUAAAAAACAGAUUAAA